UGUCAAAUCUGUCAAACCAUUUCACUAUCAUUGCAAAAUAAAAAGUGAAAAAAGGAGUGCUGUUCAAUCUUUUGUUUGUCGUCGCUUGAGGGAGAAAUAUGGCUUUUUCAUUGAAUAUUAAUUUUAAGGUGGCAACAUCGCGGUGAAUGAGAUGAAAUAAUUACCCUCCGGUGGAGCAACAGUGGAUUUUUUUCAGAAUGGAGUUUAAAUACGCCAGCUGGAUCGUUCUCACGGUGGGUGUCUCCAUCAACGUCUUUGGGCUAUUUUGGUUCAUUGCCAUCCUAACUGGCCUGAUUGGAUUCCUUAUCGGCUUUCUGAUUAUACUCUAUCUUCAACAUGGAGAUCUGGACAAGUUUCUCGACAGUGGGUUGCUUGAAAAUCCCCUGGACGAAGCUAAAACGCUUGGACUCAGCAUUGUAUGCGACCAGAAGCCCAGUAGUAUGCUAUUAAUCUCACCCAACAUAAAAGUCCAAACCGAGUCCCGGAAGUCCAGGUUGCAUGCCUCCGCUUCGUCCGAGCACGGGAAGCGGCGCAACCUCCUGGAUGCCGGCAUCGAGCUACUCUUUAAGAAACGUACCGGCGAAGCGAUCUCGCCUUCUGGCAGCAACGGAAGUAGCGGGGGAGCGCACGCCAAAUCAGGCGGCACAGGCUUGAUAACGGAUCACCUCAUGCACAAGGGCCACUUGCACUUUCACCAAAAGGAUUAUAAAAUUCUAGAUAACAAUCCGCUCACGAGUUCGGCGGGGCAACACGGGAAGCUGCUCUCUCCGAGUGAAGAUAAGGCCGGAUCGGGGCGAUGGCGACCGUUCGAUAAUAUAAAGAUUCAUACCGACAAGGGCAAGACGAUUCAGUUGCAGCAGUCAUCACACCAAGACGGUGACCGGUCGAGUCGUAGAAAAGACGGUUUCAAGAUAUACCGCAAAACCGUUGAAAAAUGGAGAUGGAAAAAGCCACUAAGGAAUCGAUUUCAGGUGCUUCGGAAAUCCAAAACAGACGGUGCCGUUCAAGUUGGAGAAGAAGUAACCACUAGUGCCAGUACAUCAUCGCUAGCUUCAUUCAAAUCCUACAUCACUCACCCUGAGGUACUCCUACAUCGUGACUCCCCACCCGGGUCACCCAAAAAAAGAAAAAUUCUCAGCGGGAACAAACCUGUCGACAAGCUAAUCCACACCAUCGUAGAUUACGUGAUAAGAGAUUUCAUUGACUCCUGGUACACAGCCGUUUCCAGUAAUCGCGAGUUCAGCGAAACGAACAUACGAACCAGUAUAGAGACCCUCAUCCUGAAGGUGUGCCAACGGAUGAAGUCCGCCGAGCUGCUUCCCCUGAUGACCACCAAGCUGAUAGACGAUUUGGCGCGCCAUACUCGCUUCUACCGACUUGCAACUCAGGACAACAGUACAAAGCAAAUGAAUGGGAACGAACAGAAAAGACUGAAGAUUCACGAGAAGCUUUCGCCCCAGAAACGGAAUCAAAGGGGGAACGGCCAUCGGCGGAAUAAAAGCGAAACCGAUCUGACGUGGCAUUUGGGGAACGCAGCUUUGCAGAAAAACGUAGCUAAUUCGAAAUUUUACGGCGGGCAAGCCGACGAGCAGUCGUUGCUCGAUCCGGAAACGAUGCUGUUGAAUUCGUUUUUCGGAUUCUGUGACGACUACAAGGAGGAAUGCAUGAGCGAAGAUCAGAUGCUCGAGCACUUCAAACGAAUUGUUGAAACCAUACUUUAUUUCACUCUGCCGGAGGAGGACUUCAACUGUCAAACUCUGCGAACAUUGCUUUGCAACAUCCUAACGAACAGUCUUCUUAAGCCAUUGGUUUCCACGCUAACUGAUCCGGACUUCAUCAACCUUCAAAUUGCCAAGCACUUUGCCAAAGAUCCACCUAGUGGAGAAUUUCUUCUGAAGAUGAUCCGGCAGACGCAUGAUUUGUCGGAGUUGCGCGCCUGCCGGCAGCUUAUAACCCAUGAGAUGGAUGCCAAGCAUAAAGAUGUGCAGUUCAGUUCCGAGCUGGCUAGCCUCAAGUAUACACAGAAGUUGAUCGACCUACGAAUCAGCCAUUUGCAGAACAAUAAAAGCGAUUUGGGUAAGAGUAGUGAGUUAGAUAAGGGAGCACCCAAUUUGCCGUUACUUGGCUUGGAUAACAUUCUGCGCAAGGAGCUGGCCAGUUCUUACUACCUGGAUUACCUCAGUGUGCUGAAUUUGCAGAAAUAUGUGAUAUUUUACUUAACUGCUCAAGAAUGGAAAAUUUCAACGAGUCAGAGCUUCUCAGAUAUUCAGAUCAACAAGUCUAAGCAAAGUCGGGAGGAUGUGAUGCGAGAUAUUAGAGAAAAAGCUAGGAAUAUUUUUCAAGAGUAUUUGGUUCCAAAGUCGCAAAAUUAUCUUAAUAUUGAUCCCGGCUUGAUUGAGGCCCUUAGAAUACGCAUCGAUGAAACCACCUUACAUCCGGAAAAUACCUGGUUUGAUUCUAUUUGUAAGUACGUGUACGAGAAGCAGAAAAACGAAGAGGUUUUUCUGAACAACUUUUAUCAAAGUUCGGCUUACAAACAACUACUGCGAGAGCUGGAUUUUAACAACACCCACGAUCACGAGUUGACAUCGAUAGACAGUUUGGGGCUUACAAACCAGCUGGAUAGCCUGAGCGACACUAAUUCUGGAGAUUUCCGAUUUGAGGAAACGGACGAUGACGACACAGGACCACCAAGCGGAUUAUUUCAUAGUGAUAUUAAAGAAGAGCACGAUAUUAGAGCAAGCUCUAUUCAAAAUGCAAGAACAAAUCUGCUUCCGACAGUAGUCAGUAUUAAACAUGCUCGUUCACACAGCGAUUGCACUGGAAUGUUCUCAACCAUUAGCGAGUUCAAUGUAGAUCAAAUUAGAUCAUCGGAUGGGUCAAGUAAUGAGUCGGGUAACGAACUCACCGGCCAUACAGACUCCAUCGCUUGGGCUGACACCGUAGAUGGACCUGGCAUACCACAUCCGCCAGUUGAAAUUCAUAUCGACAGCAAAUCCGAAGAAUCACUCACAUUUAAGCAAAAACUUUCGGCCAGAAUAAUCAACACUGCAAUUCUUAACGAAGGGCAGUACGCUGUGUAUGCGAUCCAGGUUCAGGUAAUCGAGGACAACCAGCAAAAGAGUUGGCACAUCUAUCGGCGAUAUUCCAAAUUCCUGGAGCUGAAAAAGUACCUGGUGAAACGGUUUCCAAUACUGGCGAAAGCGCCCUUUCCGGCCAAGAAAGCAUUUCAAAAUACUCAGCGUGCCGUUUUAGAGCAUCGGAUGGAAAUUUUGAACCAGUUCUUGGAGGAAAUCUGUGCCAAAGCGGAGCAAAGCGAUGAGCUUCGUGGAACUGUGCGAAACUUUUUGGAGCCCGAUACGGACGAUCGGAAGAUGCACGGAGGAGCUGUGGUUAAAACUAUUGAAAGCUUCAAAUCUGGAAUGAGUAAAAUUCGUAACAUGCCGGAUACUUUGGUUGGUGGUAUUUCACGGAUGAUAUUGGGUAAGGGAUCCACUAAGGAGCGAACAUUCUAUGCCAUCCAAGACAUCCCUACGUUGGAAAUGAAACAAUCCGAAUAUCCGGCGUUGACAUCGGCCCUGAACCUUCUAGACGAGGUGUUCGAUCUGCAGAACAAAUCACAGUGGCUAAGAAGAGGCUUAAUAAAUCGAUUGCUGGGUGCUCCGUGGGUCAGUCAUGCAACGAACAAGAAAAUUGUACAACUAGGUGGCUCUCUUUUAGCGAUGGACAAGGUGGAAUCCGUGUUGUCGGCUGUGUUGAAUAAUGUAUGGCCCGAAGGCGAUCGUUUCAGCCCCAAUCCACCGCUCCGCGAGGACAGCACCAAACUGAGAACCAAACUGGCGGCCAAGAUAGCCCUCUUCGCGUUACUGUCGGAUGACCUGAAGCACGUUGUCGGCUCGGUGACGUGCAAUUCCGGCUUGCUGAACUUUUUCCAGAUGCUACAGAACAAAAAGCUGAACACGCGCCUUCUGCUUAUCGUGAUGGAUCACGUGCUGAAAGUGGUAUUCCAAACAGAUAGCAUGACCAAGCACUCUCUUAGGGCCAGUAGCGACGGGGAUGACGGAGGUAUGAUACGCGUCGGGACACCGUCAGGAUCUGCGUCCGGUUCGAGGAAGUCAUCCAAACAUUAUUGAUUGAAUGAAGGAGUGCAUUGUUGGGGAAACUAGAUCCAAACAUUCCGCCAUAUUGACAUUUGAAAACAAACAUCACAUGUGCUAAGUCUAUGGUUAUAAAACCUAUCGAGUAGUGUAGUUAUUUGUUAUUAUUUUAUUAUGUUCGGUUGAUAAGAAUGCUCAAGAGCAUUAAGAAAUAAAUCACGAAAAUUAGUCGAUUGAUAUUUUAAUAGAUAUUAAGUAUUUUUUAUUCCAUCCAUAUGAUACUUUUUUUCGUUAGAGAAUUUUUAUUAUGUUUAUUUUACUUAUGUUUCGAGUACAAGACUUAUUAAGUAAAUCAUUAAUGUAAGCCA